GGAAUUGUAUAUGAUGACCCGUUGGAGCCGUGUAUUAUUCAAAGUGAGAAAGAUGAUGGAGAUGACCCCAUUAGAGUUAAGCAAGUGGCCCAUCUAGAGGCUACCGACUUUAUGGUUCUAAAUAAGGCGUUUGAGAAGAUUGACAAAGGUUAA